CUGAUCGAGGUCGGUAUGACAUACGACAUUAUGUGCAUCUAUAUUCGCAACCUCCUGAAACGUAUGGAGAAGAACUUCCCCGCUGUUGUCCCCAUAAUCAAGAAGAUGUACUGCUGCCUGCCCGCCUUCCACGCGCACGGCCACCGCGACAUAUGCAAGACGGUCUAUUCGCUCGCACUCUCCUACGGUUUCGGGUUCCAGCAUGGCGAGCAAGUCGAGAGGCCAUGGAUCAAGAUGAACUUCGCCGGGCCCGCCACAAGUGAGAUGACGGCUGGAAACCGACACGACAAGCUCAACAUGACGUUCAACUUCUGGAACCUUUGCCAACGGCAGAAACAGCGUGAGCAAUAUCUUCGUAUCGGCGCGUGCCUAGGUUGA